AGCAAAACCCCUUCCAUCGCGAUUCUUACAUCAUUCUCACUUAAUGCAUGAAAAAACUUUGCCUCCCCUCCCCAAGACAAUAAGAGGUCUGCCCAGUCAACCAUCCUUCUUUUCUCACUUUGUUCAUCUUAACAUUUUAACAUAUAUCGCAUUUUCUAACAAUGAGUCAACCUACUGCUGAUGUUGGUCUUAUCGGUUUGGCCGUCAUGGGUCAAAACCUUAUUCUUAAUAUGAAUGAUCACGACUUUGUGGUCUGUGCUUACAAUCGUACCACAUCCAAAGUCGACCAUUUCCUCGAAAAUGAAGCCAAAGGAACCAAGGUCAUUGGCGCCCAUUCCGUUGAAGAAUUCUGCUCCAAAUUGAAGCGACCAAGAAAGAUUGUCAUUUUGGUCAAGGCCGGUAGUGCCGUUGAUAACUUUAUUGAGCAAUUGGUGCCCCACUUGGAACAAGGUGAUAUCAUUGUUGACGGUGGCAACUCUCACUUCCCCGAUACGAUUCGCCGCUGCGAGGAUCUCGAAAAGAAGGGAAUCCUUUUCGUCGGUUCUGGUGUCUCUGGUGGCGAAGAAGGUGCACGUUACGGUCCUUCGCUCAUGCCCGGUGGUAAUCCCAAGGCUUGGGAACACAUCAAACCCAUUUUCCAAGCCAUUGCCGCCAAAGCUCCUGAUGGUGCACCUUGCUGUGACUGGGUCGGCGAAACCGGUUCCGGUCAUUACGUGAAGAUGGUCCAUAACGGCAUUGAAUAUGGUGAUAUGCAAUUGAUUUGCGAAGUUUACCAAAUCAUGAAAGAAGGUCUUGGACUUUCGGAAGAUGAAAUGGCCUGCGUGUUUGAAGAUUGGAACAAUGGUGACUUGGACUCGUUCUUGAUUGAAAUUACUCGCGAUAUUCUCAAAUUCAAGGAUACCGAUGGUAAACCAUUGGUGGAAAAGAUCCGUGAUACAGCCGGCCAGAAAGGUACUGGUAAAUGGACCGGUAUCGACUCGCUUGACCGUGGUAUCCCUACUACAUUGAUCGGUGAAGCUGUAUAUUCUCGAUGUUUGUCUUCAUUAAAGGACGAGCGUGUCCGCGCUUCCAAGAUUCUCGCGGGUCCCAAGGAUGCCAAGUACAAUGGUGACAAGAAGCAAUUCCUUGACCAGCUGGGUCAAGCUUUGUACGCCGCCAAGAUUGUUUCCUAUGCUCAAGGUUUCAUGUUGAUGCGUCAAGCUGCCAAAGAUUACGGAUGGAAGUUGAAUUACGCCGGUAUUGCAUUGAUGUGGCGCGGUGGCUGCAUUAUUCGUUCCGUUUUCUUGGGAAAGAUCAAGGACGCUUACAACAACAACCCUCAGCUUGAAAACUUGUUAUUCGACCCCUUCUUCCAAGAAGCCAUCGCCAAGGCUCAAGAUGGAUGGAGACACGUUAUCUCCCAAGCUGUCGUUCUAGGUAUCCCUACCCCCGCUCUUUCCACAGCUUUGAACUUUUAUGAUGGUCUUCGUCACGAGAAACUUCCCGCGAACUUGUUGCAAGCUCAACGUGAUUACUUUGGUGCUCACACCUAUGAGCUUUUGGAUAAUCCCGGCAAAGCGGUCCAUACCAAUUGGACCGGUCGUGGUGGUGAUGUCUCUGCAUCCACUUACAUGGCCUAAAAAAAGAAAUAAUCCUUUUAUCCAUGUAAAUUGUCCCUUGUAAAUCGUAGUUUGUUGC